AGACACUGAGACCUGGGUGCUGGGCCCCACGCCAGAUCCCCUACAAAUUCCCCACACACGUCAGCCAGGGGCCUCUCUGGGGUCAUCUGGUUAGACAGCGAGGGCUGGCUGCCACCCCGAGGGCACAGAGACCUUCUCCCCUGGGCCCAGCCACUGGUUGCACAAGGUGGAAGAAGCUGCCAGAGACAGAUAAUAUGGCUGCCAACGUCAAGACCAGUAAGUCUACACCACACCAUGUUAUCUUCAAGAAGAUCUCCCGGGACAAAUCGGUGACCAUCUACCUGGGGAAGAGGGACUAUAUAGACCAUGUUGACCAAGUAGAGCCUGUGGAUGGUGUUGUGCUGGUGGAUCCUGAGCUUCAGUGUGGGAAGAGGGUGUAUGUCUCCGUGACGUGCGCCUUCCGCUACGGCCAGGAAGACAUUGACGUGAUGGGCCUGAGCUUCCGCAGGGACCUGUACUUCUCUCGGGUCCAGGUGUUCCCUCCUGUGGGGGCUGUGAGUGCCCCCACAAAACUGCAGGAAAGCCUGAUCAAGAAGCUGGGGGCCAACACGUACCCCUUUGUACUCACGUUUCCUGACUACUUGCCCUGUUCGGUGAUGUUGCAGCCAGCUCCGCAGGAUACGGGCAAGUGCUGUGGGGUCGACUUCGAGGUCAAAGCAUUCGCUACAGACAGCACCAAUGAUGAAGAGGACAAAAUUCCCAAGAAGAGCUCUGUGCGUUUACUGAUCCGUAAGGUACAGCACGCACCAUCCAAGAUGGGUCCCCAGCCCCGGGCUGAGGCCGCCUGGCAGUUCUUCAUGUCCGACAAGCCCCUGCACCUUGCAGUCUCCCUGAACAAAGAGGUCUACUUCCAUGGGGAACCCAUUUCUGUGACCGUGACUGUGACCAACAACACAGAGAAGACAGUAAAGAAGAUUAAAGCAUUAGUGGAACAAGUGGCCAAUGUGGUUCUCUACUCGAGCGACUAUUACGUCAAGCCGGUGGCCCAGGAGGAAGCACAAGAAAAAGUGCUGCCAAACAGUACUCUGACCACAACGCUGACGCUGGUGCCCUUGCUGGCCAACAACCGAGAACGGAGGGGCAUCGCCCUGGAUGGGAAAAUCAAGCAUGAGGACACGAAUCUUGCCUCCAGCACAAUCAUCAAGGAGGGCAUAGACCGGACUGUCCUGGGGAUUCUGGUGUCUUACCAGGUCAAGGUGAAGCUCACAGUGUCAGGCUUUCUGGGAGAAUUCACCUCCAGUGAAGUGGCCACUGAAGUGCCAUUCCGCCUCAUGCACCCACAGCCUGAGGACCCAGCUAUGGCAAAGGAAAGUUUUCAGGAUGAAAAUUUGGUUUUUGAGGAUUUUGCUCGUCAAAAUCUGAAAGACUCAGGAGAUCCUGAGGAAGGGAAGAAAGACCAGGAGACAACUGCCGAUGAGUGAAGAGGUGACUGAGGACCGGAAAUGGGAUAUUAGCAGCCCAUGAGCAAAGCUCCACAGUUAGCCCUUUAGUUAUGCUAAAUACCAAAGUGUGAGUCUCUUCACAGAAAUAAAGUUUGUCUGUUCUGUUGGG